UAGGGGCCAGCGGCUCCCAUGUCCCCUCUCUCGCAGGACACGCUGGACUCCCGGCGCGUGGAGCUGUGCCGCCGGAACGAGCAGGCCUCCUCGGACCGGUGCAUGGCCGUGCUCAUGGAGCUGUCGGAGGAGCUGGAGGAGCGGGUCCGCGAGGGGACCUACUCGGUGCCCGGGGGCUACCAGCGGCUCCUGGCCGACCAGCAGGAGAUGGCGGAGAGAUACCAGCUGGUGCCUGGGAAGGGGCUCAUGGCGGCCGAGAUGCUGCAGCAGUUCCUGAAGUCCAAGGAGACGGUGGCCCAGGCUGUGCUGCAGACGGACCAGAGCCUGACGGACAGACAGAAGGAGAUCGAAGGUGACUGCAGCGGGGGGCCCCUAGCGCGUGUCCCCCCCUUGGGUCUGUGGGUCUGCUGACCCCUUGACCAGAGACUCACCCCCGGUCCCCUCGGCCCCACACGCCCAGGGCUCUGCAGGGGAGGGGCCCGUGCCCUCGCAGGCCUGGCGCCCCCAGUGCAUCUAUUAGUGCAACCAGCAUGCAAGCUGCUUGCACCCAAUAGUGUGACUAAUGUGAUUAGUGCACACACUAAUGUGACUGCAUGCCAGUUGCACUAGUGCAACUGGCAUGCAGACUGCUUGUGCG